GCUGCUCAGGGAUACAGAAGUGUAAACAAAGCCUCCAACCUUCUGGUAGCUGAUGUGAGGAGCCUUUGCUGAGCUCAGUGAAAGGACAUAUAUGCAUGCAAUAGUGGACAUUGCUUGUGCACAGCUUUCAUCUUGCCAUUAAGAGACGUUGUAUGAGCUUGGUAAGAAGACAGCAAACAUAAUGGUGAAACUGUCAGCUAAGUGCAUAGUAGCAGGUGACUCAACAGUUGGGAAAAGCACACUGAUCCAGCUGUUCCGGAGUGACGGAAGCCACUUUCAGAAGAAUUACACUAUGACAACUACCAUGGAUGUUAUUAUGAAAACUAUACCGAUUCCAGAUACUAGUGAUAGUGUGGAACUCUUUUUGUGUGACUCUCCUGGGAAGGCAAUGUUUUAUGAGAUGACAGAAAUGUUGUGGGACCAGCCUGGUGCUUUGUGCUUAGUAUUUGACGUAACCAGUGAGACAUCUUUUACUGGCUGUUCAAGGUGGCUACAACGAGUGAAAUCCAAGACUAUGAGCCCUCACCUGCCAGGAGUUCUGGUGGCAAACAAAACAGACCUAACUGGCCGCAGAGUGGUGGAGAAGAAUCAAGCUGAAGAGUGGGCAGUGAGCCACGGACUGGAGUAUUUUGAGACAUCCGCGAAGGAGCUGGAAAACUAUGAUCAGCCAUUUCGAGCACUGGCAAAAGCAUUCCAUCGUUUGUACCAAGAGAGAGUGGAAGGGAUCAGAAAUCUUGCGUAGAGCCAAACUGUCUUUUUCAAGCUGGAAGAUUGUGGGACUACAAGGAAAGACUAGUUAUAU